CAUUCGAAGUCUUACAACUUCGAAACUUUUUUGCGUUGCGAAAGGGUCAAAUUACAAACUCCUGGCUGUAACCGAUCUCAACAGACAGAGAGAAGAAAACACUUUUCAAUUAUUUACAAAAUUGUACCUGAGACAAAGAACAGUUGCAUGGUGGACAGUUGAAAAAGCGUUUCUCGAGUGAAGACGGAUAUCUGGGAGAAAAUGUUGUGAGCGUAACUAUGCCACGGAAUGCCAUAAUGAAGACGAGAUUUUACCAGGAGUGAAUUGACAAUUGUAUCAAGACUGCCUCUGUGAACCACUCACGCCUUGCAUCCGGUUUGAAUUGAACGAAAGAGCUCACCAUGGACUCCUUCAGUACCAAGAGUCUGGCUCUGCAGGCGCAGAAGAAGCUCAUGAGCAAGAUGGCUUCCAAGAGCAUGGCCAGCCUCUUCAUCGACGACACCUCCAGCGAGGUCCUGGACGACCUGUACCGGGUCACCAAGGAGUACACGCGCAACCGCAAGGAGGCGCAGAAGAUCAUCAAGAACCUCAUCAAGAUGGUGGUCAAGCUGGGCGUGCUGUACCGGAACAACCAGUUCAACGGAGAGGAGCUGGUGUUGGUGGAGAGCUUCAGGAAGAAGGUCCACACCUUGGCCAUGACGGCCGUCAGCUUUCACCAGAUCGAGUUCACCUUCGACCGGCGUGUCAUGAGCGCCAUCUUGAACGACUGCCGCGAGCUGCUUCACAAGGCCAUCAACCGCCACCUGACGGCCAAGAGCCACUCCCGGGUCAACCACGUCUUCAACCACUUCGCCGACUGUGACUUCCUGGCGGCGCUGUACGGGCCGUCCGAGGUUUACCGCGCCCACCUCCAGAGAAUCUGCGACGGAGUCAACAAGAUGCUGGAAGAAGGCAACCUCUGACCCCACCACACACCACCCCUGUCCUUUUGACCCUGUGACCUUUCAAAUCCUCCGAACUCUUAUCUCUGACCCCUGUUGUGACCUCAACUUUGCCGCGUCCGGCCCGGUUAGUGACACUUGACACGUCACCAUCUUCCACGGCUCCCGUCCAAACCGGUUUCAUUUGCAGCAGGAAGAGAGAGAUGUGCUGGCUAGGUGUUUGAGGACUCUUUACUGGUUGUGUUUGAUUUUGUUGUUUGCCUGUCAGACUUUACCGUACACUGAAGGAUGCUCCUAGCUAGUCAAUCCAAAGCUUCUUUCACGCUUGUCUUUGUAAUGGGAUAGAAAGCCUGAGGUUGUAAAAUGUUUGUUUAGUUGAAAUUCUAUGCAGUCAACCAACAGUGACUUAACACAAGGGCUAUGAAGUCUCUUUGCUUUUCAGAUCAACUGCUCUAAGUUCCACUUCGGAAAAGAUCUAAGAUGAUUCAAAGACCCACGAGGUUUGGAGGUAGAAGGAAAGGAACAUGGUGGUUUUGACAAGUUUGACAUCCCGACUGGGAUCCGGAACUGGAUCUAGACAGGAGUUGUGACCAAACCUAAAAAGCACAGUUGAGAAUUACUAUACCAGGAUAUUGUGAUAUAACGACCUAUUUUCUUUUUAUAAUCCAAAGCUUAACAGUUGCAUUUUCCAACAUCACGCCUCCAGUCUCUAUUGUUGAUGCCACACACAUCCAAGUGAUAUAACAGAAGCGUAAAGAAGCAAGUCUGAAACUCUUAAAUUCUAAUCUCUAUCUCAACAUUAUGCUAAGAAAGUGUUUGUAUUUUGGGUCAGUGCACUUAUAAACCUUGAUUGGUUUCAUAAUCAUUCAUUAACAGCCUUAAGCCAGCCUGCCACACCAAAGAGGCGUAAAUACACAGGAAGUAGAUUGUUUUGAGGAUUGUGAUUGGAGCUGUGUUGACUCAGCUAGCGGGCUAACCUCAUCAUGGCUAAUACUUACCUCAUCUGAGCCAAAGGUAAACAAACCAAAGAAGAAGAAGACCUGCUACUGAUAAACAAAACGAGGAACAAACAAUACUGUACACACACAGCUGGUUUUAGACGAACAUAUAUUUUGUUUUUGAUCUGUUUACCCUGAAUGUGAAAUCAGUAAACACAUAUUGUUGAAGGUAAAAAAAAAAAAAAAAGACAGUUUACCAUGAAGAAUAUAGCUGUAACACUCCAUAAUACUGUAAAACCCCUUUUUAUAUAUUCAUUUGUUACAAAGACUCGAGAUGUAUGUCUUCACCCCUACAUACAUUUACUUGCACUUUUCUUCUUUUUUUUCUUUGCAUUGUUAUAUUUUUUUUGUAUUUUUUUUUUUUAACCCAAAAAAUGGUGCUGUGGGCUAAAUAAAAUGUGCCUCAAGUAUCUGUGUGCUGUUCCUGAUCUGUAGAGGCACAGUAAGGGAGGCGUUUGUGGGUCAGGUACUUUAGUCCUGGAACUCCUAGCCGGCCAUCUUCAAACCAGCACAGGGUUUUGCAGAUUAGACCAGAGGGAACUGAAGGACCUGAUUGGCCACUCCACAAGAGUACCCCCCCCCCCCCCCCCAUCUCACCAACUCCACAACACAGAUAGUUAAGCAUUCCAGCCCCCAAUGAAAGGCGAUUGAGAUCUCGGCCCAAAUCAAGUCCUUUUUCUUAGGAGUGAAGAUGGUCUCUCUGUCUCUCUCUCUCUCUCUCUCUCUCUCUGUCUCACUCUCUCUAUCUCUCAGUUUAAUGAAGAGUAAAAUAGAUUGUUCUAGUGAACUCCCACCUCAGCGCAUAAUGGAUGUUCUCUCUUUUGUUUGUGUGUUUGUGUGUGGCUGAGCGUAUCUGGGAGAUGGGGUGAUUGUUCCAUUUAGUAUUCUGUCUGCAUGCCCUAUCUGAGAUGGCUGCAUGUAUAGACUGACUGACAGUCUGAGGCUAAGAGCGCUGUUUUCCUCCUGCAGCUACACGACUGUGUCAUUCUCUCUCUCUGCUUCCUGACAACGAACAGUUCGCUUCUAAAGCUCCGCCAAAAAAGGAGUGGAGUGUUUGCAAUCAGGAAAACUAUCUUCCAAAGAAAAGAUGAGGAAAAAAACUAGUCUGCACUUGGCGAUGAUAAUGACGAGGAUGAUCGUGAUGAUUGUUGUGACUUCUUACUUCACCUUUCCGUUCUGUGAUUAUCUAGUUUCAGUAUGUAUAUUUUUUUAAUGUUUUGAUGCUCAUUUCAAUCUCUGUGGCGUUUGGUGUAUCAAGGUAAAAGGUCUGUGGGUAAGCCUGGACUACAAUCCAAUCAGUAGGUAUUGUCUAAGAAAAGGGGUUGUUAGGUCGAGAGUAAGCCUAAACCAGUCUACACUAGGCCUAAACCAUGUCUAGACCAGGCCUAAACCAGUCUAGACCAGGCCUAAACCAUGUUUAGACCAGGCCUAAACCAUGUCUAGACCAGGCCUAAACCAUGUCUACACUAGGCCUAAACCAUGUCUAGACCAGGCCUAAACCAGUCUAGACCAGGCCUAAACCAUGUCUAGACCAGGCCUAAACCAUGUCUAGAUCAGGCCUAAACCAUGUCUACACUAGGCCUAAACCAUGUCUAGACCAGGCCUAAACCAGUCUAGACCAGGCCUAAACCAUGUCUAGACCAGGCCUAAACCAUGUCUAGACCAGGCCUAAACCAGUCUAGACCAGGUCUAAACCAUGUGUGGACUCGGCCUAGUCUGUGACUGUUUUAGAUGUUGUAGCUCCCAGACUCACUGUCUCAGGGUACUGUCUCUAACUCAGAUCCCUGACCGGGUCCAGACCCACACUGAACUCUCGCAGUGUGAACUGCAACACAAUACGUUUAUACAUUUUAUGACUGCAGCUGAAAAUGAAUGCAGAUGGUUAUGUUGUGUAUAUAUAUACUCGGUUUGAUUGUGAGGUAUAUUUUUCAUUUCAUAUUUUUCAUUAUACUCUUAAUGUUCAGCACACAUGAUGUAUAUGUUUCCUCUGUACUAGAUAUACAUACCAUAUGUCACACUGUAUUCAACAAAUAAAUACAAAUACUCAUUUUUUUAUUAAUUAA